AUGUCUAGGUCCAGAGGAACCACUCCCUGUCUAGGUCUAGAGGAACCACUCCCUGUCCAGGUGACCAGACUACAGGUUGGGGGAAGUGCUCUACUUAGUGGUGGGGAGGCAGAGGGGGAUCUUUGUCCAGAAUAUGUCUCGUUGUUGUCAGAGGAUUAUGGCAUUGGAAGUUCUGCAACAUCUGGAGGGCUGUGGGCCUGUUUGUAUCCAGUGGGAGAAAGUUUCUUAAAGGAAUCCCGAUCCCAGAGCUGGAGACCAUUCUCUUCUGGGGUACAGAAAGGAAGUGGGCAAAUCCAGCUGUGGCAGUUUCUUCUGGAGCUACUAUCAGACCAUGCCAAUGCAAACUGCAUUGCCUGGGAGGGAACCAAUGGUGAGUUCAAGCUGACAGAUCCAGAUGAGGUGGCCAGGCGCUGGGGAGAACGCAAGAGCAAACCCAACAUGAACUACGACAAGCUGAGCCGAGCACUUCGCUACUAUUAUGACAAGAACAUAAUGGCCAAAGUGCAUGGCAAGAGAUAUGCCUACAAGUUUGACUUUCAUGGCUUGGCCCAAGUGUGCCAGUCAGCACCAACCACAGAGCAAGGUCUCUAUAAGUUCCAGGGGAACCUACCCCACCUGCCAUUCAGUGGUCUUUCCAAACUCAAUCUCAUGACCUCUGGGGUUACCCCUGCUGGCUUUUCCUAUUGGCCGAGCACAGCCUCUGCUUUGUACCCAAGCCAUGGUCUGCAGACCCCACCAGGAGGGUUCAGCUCAGUGUCAGCCCCACAUCUCAGCUCCAUUAAUAACAUGGGCAACAUGAAUGCCCACUACCACUAACUCAUUGUCUAUCACUUUCCACCUGUAUGUGGAGCUGUUGUACCGAAUCAUGGAAAAUAUUCUCAUUAAUGGGACAUAACAAUCCGAGCUCCAGAGAUGGUGCUGAAAUAUGAGGCACAGGAACAGAGAAUGAACUGAAAGGAACAAUAAUCAAAGGGGACCUGAAAUCAGCCACAAGACACAAAGGGACUAUUUAUUGUAUAUUGGCAUUGGGUAGAAAUGUUUCAGUAGUACAAACUGAGACCUGAAUCCAAUUCCAAUUCCAAUCCAAUUUUCUGACUGUAUUCUAUUUAUUUGUUUGCCCAAAGUAUGAGACCACUCCAACCAUCACUCAUUAUCAAUGCCAGUCUAUAUACUCCUUUAAAAAAAAAAGGUCCCACCCACAUACCUUUCACUCUCUUUGUAUGUGUCAUAUGUUAUGUAUGUUUCAUAACCAACAGAAUUGUUGGAAAUUUAAAAUAGAAAGUCUACUAAACCAUAUCAACUAAUAGGAUGUUAUAUUUUAAAUGGGUAACCAGCAAAUUCUAUCUGCUGAUUGGUUCCUGUUGGUUGCAUUGCCCUCUUAGUCUGUUGAGCACUGCAAGGCAUGGCCGCAUGGGCUGGAUCGUUUCAAUGAAAAUGUAGGUGAAUUCCGUGUUAGCCAAGUACCAACCCAACUACACAGCUCUGAUUUUCUAUAAAUCCUGCAUCUAGGCUGCUUUCUUUCCCAUUGUCAAGAAGGGGGCUUGGUAUAGACUGCACUGAGUGAUCGUUGUAUUUAUCUUACUGGUCUGGAGAAAACAUGCCAAAGCUUCAUCUAGUGGCCAAAUGUACAUUACAUAUAUAUUAAGACAAUAGGAAUUCCCUAAAGCCAGUUUUUAAUAUAUGCCCAAGAUCAGGGCUGCCAUCAGGGGGUUGGGGGAGGGGACUGUUGCCUUAGGUCUGGUGAUAUCUUGAUCCAAAUUGGGGGCCCAGCUUCAUAGUGACAUAUAAAGUUAAGUUAAAACGUAUGCAAUUUACAUUAAAUAUGUAAAAACUGGAGUGAAUUGCCUAGAAACUUAUGUAAUUUACAAGAAGCUUACAUAUUAAGCAAUGGCAAUACUAGGGAUGCACGGA